AUGGCUUUGAAUCAUCCACCCUCUCUCCUCACAGCUACUCAGCUCCUGAAGUUGGCUCACAAAUACAGGCCAGAGACGAAGCAGGAGAAGAAACAGAGGCUGCUGGCCCGAGCCGAGCAGAAGGCUGCCGGGAAGGGGGACGUCCCCACCAAGAGGCCUCCUGUACUGAGAGCAGGCGUCAACUCCGUGACCACUCUGGUGGAGAACAAGAAAGCGCAGCUUGUGGUGAUUGCUCACGACGUAGACCCCGUGGAGCUGGUGGUGUUUCUUCCGGCCUUGUGCCGAAAAAUGGGAGUGCCCUAUUGCAUCAUCAAAGGCAAAGCCAGGCUGGGCCGCCUCGUCCAUCGGAAGACCUGCACCAGCAUCGCCUUCACGCAGGUUAAUCCGUAAGUAGCCUUCAAAAGCCGAGUUAAUAGAAGAG